AUGAGUGGCGGGGCUCGCGAAGGUAACGGUUUGGAGUUUUACGGCGGCUCGAGUGUGCCGUACAGCACCGGGCCGUCGACACUCUAUCAGGACAAUGCGGUGAGCGUUGCCCCGGCCUGGUCGACGGUUAGGGAACCCCAGCGGCACCCUAGUGCGACAACGAGCUGGCACGCCCGCAGUGCCUCUUUUGAACUGGGAAGGGCGCUCUCCGGAGCGUCUGUGGGAGAAGACGAACCACCGCUGCUGGAAGAGCUGGGGAUCCAUCCUGAAGCCAUUUGGCGCAAGAGCCUUCAGGUUCUCAACCCGCUCCGCCGUUUUGAAAAAUCAUUCGCUGACGAACCGGAUAUGGCUGGGCCCCUGCUGUACGCUUUUCUACUGGGCAUGGCGCUGCUCUUGCGAGGAAAAGUACACUUUGGUGUGAUCUAUGGUAUUGCGAUUGUCGGUUGUCUUAGCAUCUACUUGGUGUUGAACCUCAUGGCAGGUAGAGAACUUGAUCUCUAUCGUAUCGUAAGUGUUCUGGGCUACGGGCUGCUACCUAUUGUGGUACUGGCGUUCUUGGUAUUAUUGGUGCCACCGCUCGCGUUCCGGGCGAUUAUGGCCGGCGUUGCUGUGCUCUGGUGCACCAGCACGGCAAGCAGAAUAUUCACUGCCGUUCUCGCAAUCCCUGCGGGGAACUGGCCCCUGGUGGCGUAUCCUGUAGGUCUCUGGUACACCUCGUUCGCAUUGAUAACAGUGUUCUGA